AUGACGGAGCAGCAAACCAUCUUGCAACAUCCUACCACAAUGGACAAGAUCGAUCGGAACAAACCGAAGACUUUCGCUUUCGAUCACUGCUUUUAUUCCCUGGAUCCUGGAGCGGACAAUUUUGCGAGUCAAGAGAUUGUUUUCGACGCCCUGGGUCGUGAUAUUUUGGACAAUGCAUUUCAGGGUUACAACGCCUGUAUAUUUGCCUACGGACAAACUGGUAUGGUAUUAAUUGUAGCAGUUACAUUUUGUAACAAUUGCUUUGGUUUAGCUGUUGUUCGCGGUACAAUUCAGGCCUUUAAAGCGUUGUUGCGAAGCGCGUGUUGGAAAGGAUGCGGUUCCGGGAAGUCUUAUACGAUGAUGGGCAGUGGUGACAACAAAGGCAUAAUACCACGGUUAUGUGACAAUCUCUUUGAUAUGAUAGCGAAGCAACAAAGUUCCGAGCUCUCGUACAAAGUCGAGGUCUCAUAUAUGGAGAUCUACAAUGAAAAAGUACACGAUCUUUUAGAUCCGAAGCCAAACAAGCAAUCGCUCAAAGUCAGAGAGCACAAUGUCUUGGGGCCGUACGUGGAUGGGCUAAGUCAACUAGCGGUUACUUCUUUCCAGGACAUCGACAAUCUCAUGGCGGAAGGCAACAAGUCGCGAACAGUCGCGGCGACAAAUAUGAAUUCCGAAAGCUCCCGUUCACAUGCUGUAUUCUCGGUAAUUCUCACGCAGACUCUAACGGACUCGAAAAGCGGAGUCAGCGGAGAAAAAGUCUCGCGAAUGAGCUUGGUGGAUUUAGCUGGGAGUGAAAGGGCUGUGAAAACUGGAGCAUUGGCGGAUCAAAAUUCCGGCAGCAACAAGAAGAAGGACAAUUUCGUACCCUAUAGAGAUUCUGUCCUUACGUGGCUCUUGAAAGAUAAUCUUGGCGGCAAUAGUAAAACUGUCAUGGUAGCCACAAUAUCACCGGCUGCCGACAAUUACGAGGAAACGCUAUCAACUCUUCGAUAUGCUGAUAGAGCGAAGAGGAUAGUCAAUCAUGCUGUAGUUAAUGAAGAUCCAAAUGCUAGAAUUAUUCGCGAACUCAGACAAGAAGUUGAAACCUUAAAGGAAAUGUUGUUACAUGCCACAGGAUCGAUUGUUGGCCAACAACGUACAGACAUUACAGAAAAACUGUCAGAAUCGGAACGAUUGAUGAAGGAAAUGUCACAGACGUGGGAAGAAAAGCUUGUGAAAACCGAGAGGCUGCAACACGAGAGGCAGCAGGCUUUAGAAAAGAUGGGAAUAAGCGUACAAGCGUCUGGUAUUCAAGUAGAAAAGAGCAAAUACUACCUGGUUAAUUUGAAUGAUGAUCCAAGUUUGAACGAGUUAUUGGUUUAUUAUCUCAAGGAAAGGACACUCGUAGGCGGACGUUCAGCCAAAAGGGAACAAGAUAUUCAAUUGCACGGUUUGGGUAUUUUACCAGAACAUUGUGUUAUCACGAUAGAAGAAUCAGGCCUGUAUAUGAUACCAUUAAAUGGUGCUCGAUGUUUCGUCAACGGUACACAAGUUGUAAACAAAACUCUGCUACAACAUGGCGAUAGAAUCGUUUGGGGAAAUCAUCAUUUCUUCAGAGUUAACUGUCCAAGAAGUGCUACAGCAAUCAAUAGCGAACCGCAAACUCCCGCUCAAAACAUCGACUACAAUUUUGCCAGAGAAGAGCUUAUGCUUAACGAACUGUCUAAUGAUCCGAUUCAAAGAGCUAUAGCGAGACUAGAGAAGCAACACGAAGAAGAUAAGCAGGUUGCGCUCGAGAAGCAGAGGCAGGAGUAUGAACGACAGUUUCAACAAUUACGCAAUAUACUAUCUCCGUCUACGCCGUAUUCGCCUUAUGUACCGUACGAUCCUCUAAGAGGUAGUCAAAGUGGAAAACUCCCGGCUUGCACACCAACGACGCAAAUGCGCGUUGAAAAGUGGGCUCAGGAACGAGACGAAAUGUUCAAGCGCAGUUUGGGCCAAUUGAAGACAGAUAUCCUAAAGGCUAAUGCAUUGGUACAAGAAGCUAAUGUUCUAGCGGAAGAGAUGGGCAAACAGACGAAAUUUAGCGUCACCCUACAGAUUCCUCCGAAUAAUCUAAGUCCGAAUAGGAAGAGUGUAUUCUUUCAGCGGGGCGCGUUUGUCAGUGAGCCUGCAAUUUUAGUGAAGAGGACAAAUAUGGGAAGUCAAGUUUGGUCCAUGGAAAAGCUAGAAAAUAAAUUAGUUGAUAUGCGAGACAUGUAUGAGGAAAGAAAAGAUCCUCACAAUUGUCAACGAUUACCUGUGAUUAAGGAUGAAGUACCAGGAAAAACACAAGACCCAUUUUAUGAAUCCCAAGAAAACCACAAUCUUAUCGGAGUUGCAAAUAUUUUCUUAGAAGUAUUAUUCCACGACGUACGAUUAGAUUAUCAUACUCCGAUUAUUAGUCAGCAAGGAGAAGUUGCUGGUCGAUUACAGGUCGAAAUAAGUCGUAUAUCUGGGCAAUUUCCUCAAGAUCGGAUUUGCGAGGCUGCUUCGGAGUCUUCCUCGGAUUCGACGUCCUCCGAAGCGGAGGAUUAUUCCGGAGGAUCUAGCCAUAUUACCUGUCGUGUGACGAUAAAGCAGGCCACUGGAUUACCACUCUCGUUAAGUCAUUUUGUGUUUUGUCAAUACAUGUUUUGGAAUCAUCCAGAACCGAUAGUGGUUCCGCCUAUGAUAAACGCGGAGCUGCCGAACUCGAAUUGCAUCACUGGUCAAAGGGAUUCCUUGACAUUUAAGUUUGAUGAUACAAAAGAUUUUACUGUACCCAUUACGGAAGAGUUUAUGGAACAUGCCGCUGAAGGAGCGUUGAGUAUAGAAGUAUGGGGUCAUCGCAGCGCAGGUUUUUCACGUAGUAAACCUGGAUGGGAAGUGGAACAGCAACAAUUAGCGAAAGCUAGAUCGCUCGCAGACCGAUGGUCUGAAUUAACGCGAAAAAUUGAAUUAUGGGUAGAGAUACAAGAACUAAACGAACAGGGAGAAUACUCACCCGUUGAAGUUGCAGUAAAACAAGACACAUGUACAGGUGGUAUUUAUCAACUUCGACAAGGCCAACAACGUCGAAUACAAGUUCGAGUGAAACCAGUACAAAAUUCCGGAACCUUACCGAUCAUCUGUCAAUCGAUAUUAAACAUAGCCGUUGGGAGUGUUUCAGUGCGAAACCGAUUGCAAAUUCCAUUAGAUAGUUAUCAAGACGAGGACUUGAGUAUAUUGAGAGACAAGUGGAGCGAUGCUCUAAUGAGAAGACGACAAUAUCUUGAUCAACAAAUUCAGAAACUUAUCAAUAAGCAAGAUAAAACGGAACAAGAUAUGGAGCGAGAACAAAGUCUUGUGGAUCAAUGGGUCAGUCUCACAGAGGAACGAAACGCUGUUCUGGUUCCCGCGGCGGGUUCAGGUAUUCCCGGUGCUCCUGCCGACUGGAUUCCUCCUGCAGGGAUGGAGCCACACAUUCCUGUAUUAUUUCUUGAUCUCAAUGCCGAUGAUCUCUCAACGCAUCAGUCGGGAGAGGAAGUAUCAGUGACAGGAUUAAAUUCAAUCCUACCUAAAGAACAUGGUAACAAAUUCUAUAAUCUACCUAUUAUUCGACAUUUAGAAAAAGAUGUAUGUGCCAUUGCCGCUUGGGAUUCUAGUAUACACGACAACGUACAUCUCAAUAGAGUAACUGAUACCGCGAAUGAAAGAGUGUUUUUAAUCUUGAAAACUACUGUUCGCCUGUCGCAUCCAGCACCAAUGGAUCUUGUGCUGCGUAAAAGAUUAGCUUUAAACAUAUACAAAAGGCAAAGCAUUACAGAUAGAAUCUUCAAGAGAAUUGUUCGUAAUGAUUGCUUGGCGCAAACUGGUGUCACUUACGAGGUAGUCUCAAACAUACCAAAGGCAAGCGAAGAGCUGGAAGAUCGUGAGAGUUUGGCACAGAUUGCUGCUAGCGGAGAAGAUAAUAGUUUAUGUGACGGAGAAACUUACAUAGAAAAAUAUACUCGUGGUGUAUCCGCGGUUGAAAGUAUAUUAACAUUAGACCGAUUACGACAAAGUGUCGCUAUAAAAGAAUUGUUGCAAGCACAGGGACAACCACUGAUGCGUAAGACUGCAAGUGUUCCGAACUUCUCUCAGAUUAUGAGAUUCGAUAUGUCAAUGGAUUCAUUAAAUGUUACUCGUUCGGAAAGUGUAACAGAUCUCAAUAUGGAAAAUGGUCUUCCGCAUCCGCGACGUGCAUCAACAGGUCAUGCAAGAAAUGAUGAAAACUUUAUAUCUGUACCGCCAAAACCAUUUGGAAUUGCGAGACCAACUUUCCUGAAUCUGAACCUGAAUCUCAACUCAUUGACACGUCUUCAACAAUCUACCUCUGCCAAGUCAUCUCCGAAUAUGGUUAGCAGUAAACUGGGUCCUCGUAUGACCACAUUACACGAAGAAACUUCAAAUAUGGGAAAUCAAGCGUGUACUCCUAUCAAUGAUGACGAUGAGGAGAAGAGCGACGCCGAUUAUUCUGAAUAUGAGGCAUAUCAGGCUCCUCCGAAACCGGUAAAACCACUAACUUCUUCACGCACGUUGGAUUCUCUGGUCGAACUACAAUCGACGAAGAUCAAUACGCCAAGUAUGAGUAGUAGCGGGUACGGUUCUCAGGCUGUUUCCACGACAAACCUGACGUCGGAAGAUUCCAUUUCUAUCAAGUCCAUCAGCGUGGAUGAGACUCCAGACCUCGAAUAUCGUAAUCUUCUCGAUAGUAAGAAACCUGAAAAAAUGGACAGUUCCCUCGUCGAAGAAACGCCCGAAGAAUACUUGAGCGAAAUAAACUCUACAUUGGAUAACUUGAACAUCUCGCAAAGCGCUCGCGCAGAAGAACAUACUAAAAAAAAUUUGGAAGAAAUAGGAACAUAUAUAGAUACCGAUAUCGAUAGUCCAGUUUCUUCUACAAGGAGUGAAAGCGAAACCAACAGCAACAUGUUUCACGUCGAAACUCAAAGAAAAAGUACGCCCAAUCAAAUUCUCAGUGAUAGAAAAAACGAGAUGGAAGUCAGUCAGAUGUCCAAUUCGGGAGACGAUAGUCCCAUGGAGGGAACUUCAAUCGUACAUACCAAACUGCCCCCUGGCAAGGUCGUGCGAAGAAGAAAGACUUCUAAUGGUUCAGGAAGGCCUACCAGUUCGCAGCAUAGAGCUUCAUUUCCUAUGGUCCGUCCACAACUUUCUGAGAGUAAGGCUGCAGUACAUUUGGAGCAAACGCUACAACCUACUAUGCCGUAUGAAAAUGGCGACAAUAGCUCUUCGGAGAGAAUUGACGCAGAUGACAUUAGCGAUAAAAGUUCAGCGUUUGGUUCAAGGCACGAUUUAACUCGAGUGGAAACUCCCCUACCAGACUGGAUCGUCGUUGGAGAAUCAGUUUUGGUUCGCCCUUAUAGUUAUUCCGGAGUUAUAGCAUACGUUGGUCCUACAGAGUUUGCAUCGGGAAUCUGGAUAGGAGUUGAACUCGAUGCUCCGACUGGCAAAAACGAUGGUGCUGUCAAUGGCCAUAGGUAUUUCACAUGUCGACCCAAAUGUGGUAUAUUCGUUAAAAUGGAUAAGUUAAUUCAAGACAGACGAGGAAGAGCGCUUAGAAGUUACACCAAACAAGAAUCGACACCAGCACCAUCUACAUCAAUGCGCAGGAGUAUUAGCAAGGGCGAAGGAUUACAUUCCUUGCACCGAAGUCGCAGUCGAGGGGAAGGUCUCUCUACUACAGGUACACGUUCUUUUCCACGCGGCAAGUAAACGGAUCACACACUGCUUCACCAUUACUUCGUGUUAAUAAAAGCCACAACAUAAAUAUACUAAUUGCUACAUGCCUAUAUGAUAUAUGUAGCAGCAAUGUUUCAGUCCUUUAGACAUUAGGGCAGCUAUUGAUUAUUGAAAUUACUUAUACAGUAAUAUUUCAAAUAUUAAAUCAUUAAUGUGUACUACACACGAAGCAUGGGAUAUUUUCAACUCGUCAUGUCCUAUGAGUAGCGUAUCCAUUUCGCUACUUGACUAGGGGAUAGGGAAGUAGGGAAAGGGAGGGAGUAGUAUAAUUGACCCGUGCAUAAUUGUCGCCAUGUAUCGAAAGUCAGUUGCGACGUUUAUUGACUAACGAGCAUUCCACAAGUUUACUUUAAUGACUGGUAUUACGAACCAUUUAUAUUUUAUGCCAGAGGAAGGCAAUAUAUCUUGCGAUUUAAUUGUACAUUCUAAACUAAUCAAAAGUCAGCAGAACAUCUUUCCUUUAUUCUUGAUAUGUCACUCUAAAAUACACAAUAACUACAAUUUGAUGUACAUAUUCCACCUAAUAAUAUUUUGUAUUUGUGAAAUCGGUCUGUGUCGACACAAUAGACGCGAUAAUAAUAAUAUACCGAUUAAAUCUUGGCGUUUUUACAAAUCAUUGGACGAUACACUUUCCAAAAUUACCAUAUGGUAAUUUAUAGGUCGGAAAAGUGCCCAAUGAAAGGACAAAUGUCGGAAAGCAUUUUGCAUACAUAUAUAUUUUACCGUUAUGUAGAUUAUUUAAAGAUUUUAUAUGUAUACAAUUGUUUCGUAUAUUGUAUUUUUUUAGCGCGAUUCGUUAAGUUCCUUUUUAUUGUAACAUACAUCUCUUGUCACCGUUAUCCCAUCACGUGAACAUGACACAUCUUAUUUAUAUAUAUUACAUUCUAACUGCAUAUUGCAUUUUUGGAAAUUGCAAACUGAUUCUUAAAUGUCCUUAUUAAUUGAUUUAAGAGCAAAUUGCAAAUCCAAAGAUACAAUAACUACUAAAGUUGCAAUAUUAAGUUCAUAGAUUUAAGUAGAAACUAAAUAAAUGAGCUUGUUUCAUUGUAUCAGUUGCAUAUAAUGCUAUAUUCAUCCAGACUUUUUAUGACUUGGGCUAUUUCACGUUAUUUCCCUUUAUUUACGCCAGCAUAAACGUUGAAGCGAAUGAUUAAUAUAUAUAUUUCAUAUCUUGUAACAUGAUUUGUUCGUUAAUGAAUUUUUCCCAUUUUGAGUAUUAAAUUUGGUUUCAUUUAAAAAAAAAACCCAUUACGUCGCGUCUUGCGUGAAAUCAAACGGCGGAAACUAAUUAAUUCAUGAAAUAUAGAUUGUGCCGUAAAGGAAUAUGAAAAAGACAAAAAGUAAGCAAUUAACAUUUAAGAUAACUCAUACAUUUGCCCAAAUUGUGAAAACAGCUCCUGUCCAAU